CUGAUGUUCAAUGCAUGCUUCCCUCUUCGUAUUUAAAAUCUGGUAAUGUACGAAUAAAAUGUCAGACAGUUUUCUUGAUUUUUGGAAAAAUCUGCUCUAAUUUUUAGCAUUAUCUUUAAUUUUUUACUAAUGUAAAUGGUUGAGAUAUAUAAUUCUGGUGCUACACUAAGGAAAUAAAUGUCUAAAUAUUCAUCUUGAAUGUGAUUGAGUGGGUUAACAACCCAAAUUCAUACUUUUAAUUCUCCAGCAGGGCGUGACCAGCAGCCAGGCAUGGGAGUGACUCGCUCUGUAUCCAAUGGGAUCGAGUCUGCUAGUUGAAAAGCACCUCCUCCUCCUGGUGCCUUCCAGCUUUCAGACUCGAUCUGACUGGGACAGACGCAAUUUUCUGAGCUGCUUCCCUUUCGGUUUCUACAGAAAGCAAAGUAAGAAAUUUAGUUCUUAUUAGGAGGGCGAUUUAGCCCUAUUCUAUUAUUUCCACGGCUGCUGGUAUUGGGGUUGAGGCUCCCUUUGCAGGUUGAGCGCUCCCCCCCCCCAGCGAGAAGGGCGAUUCAGCCCGAUACCGCUGGGGACAGUUAAGAAGCUGCUGGAUAUAGAGCGGGGAGGCUGAAGAGGAUUUAUUACGCCUCCCCGUGGCUGGCAGAUUCUGCAGCUGCAGAUUUAAAGGCACAGCCGCAGAUUUAAAGGCACAGCCGCAGAUUUAAAGGCAUUCUUCGGGCGCUCCCGGGUUCUUCCCGAUCGUCCUGGCCUCGCCAGAAAAGGCUUUAGGCCAGCCAGCCAGCCCCUGCCUGAGCUCUGGGGUGUUUUUAAGGAGCGUUUUGCAGAUUGCCCCAGCCUGAUCAAGGCCUUUGCUGGGCCUCUUUUGCAGUCAUCGGAUCCUUGUGGGCGCUCCCGAUCGUGCUGGUGACCCUGCAGAGCCUCUUCUCCGUUCUUCGGCUGGCUCUUCUGCUGCCUUUUAAGGCCUUCAGUGUGUGAGUACUAUUCCCCUUCUCAGCCACCCCCGGUUCUGUAGUAACCACGUGGCAAAGGGAUCAAUUACUGGGUAUGCCCUAGGAAUAUAUAGGGAUUGGGACCUCUUCCCUCACUGUAUUUUAAUUUAUCCUAGAUUUGUGAUUGAUAUAGGCCUUGCCUUGGGCGUCUAGAGGCUUACAGCCAUCUCAUCCAGGCCUUGGCCACGUGUAUUUAGAGGCCACGUGUAUUUAGAGGCCUAAACCAACGGUCACAGCCUUCCAAGAUGGCCACCAUUCCCUCAACCUGGCCUAGUAAGAGAAAGCAACAUCAAACUAGCCCAAUACCAGGGCCUAGUUCUUCUAGUUCUCAGGCCCCUUUGAGAUCAGAGGCACUACAAUCCUCUAUUUCCAAGCCCCAAAAGGCAAUUUCCAAGACUUCUGAAAAGAAAGCCCUGCAACGCCAAAAGGCUAUGGAUCGGGCUAUUGCAAGGGCAGUGAGGGAAUCCUCUGAUCUUAUACAGGAACAACAGUCCACCACUCCACCAGUCCUCUAUGCAGGCUUCUGGGGUUCCGGUGAGUUCUUUAUCACCGGAUGGUUCUGUGGCCUCAUCCCAGCCACAACCUUCCACUGAUUUAUUCUGUCCAACUCCAUAUCAGAGGUGGAAGUUUUACCUGGAGCCCCUCCAUUACAGGAUUCAGCAACAGUGUCUUCCAGGGCCAAUAUUCCCAAGGGGCCAGUAAGCCAUCAGGAACCUGGUCCAGUGCCUAACGACCCUGCAGCUAUAGCAGAUAUGAUCGCAGCUGCUGUUCAGAGGGGCAUUACUGCCUCCAGGCAGACACAAACCCAUUCAUGGGUCUCAGAUUAUGCAGCAUCCCAGACUAGUCAUGAUUUGGUGCAUGACUACACCACAACUCAAGCUGAAGAUUUCCAAGUUCAUUCACCAUCUCAGGCUUCACUAGUGGAUGAAGGGGACCUCAGGGAUCAGAACCUCUCUGAGGAUGAGGAUUUGGUCCCAGACCAACCCUCCUUUGUGGGUCUCUUUAAUCCACAACUAUUUCGGUCCUUGUUACACAAGGCCAAGGUUACCACCCGGCUGGGGGUGACCCAUACUGCCCCAGACCCUACCUCAGGGACCACAGAUCCACCCUUGGACUUGUUUUCCGUUCCUGUGAUUGAGUCAGAAGAGGUGCCUGCCCCCAAACUUUUUGUGGAGGUCGUGGAUAGACAAUGGACCACUCCUAUAGCUGGUCCUAAUCCCAAUGCCUUGGACCGCCGCUUGUAUAAUUUGGAUCCUAACUUCCUUAAAUUAUUGCAGAUCCCCACAGUUGAUGCCCCAGUUGUUGCAUUAGCAGGACCAUCUGUGGUAACAGGACCUCCAGAGGAAACCCUUCUCCCGGAAGACAAGCGUGCCGAGCAAACCCUAGUUAAAAGUCAUCAGGCAGCAGCCUGGGCCGUUAGGGCCUCUUCCUCUGCCUCUUUCUUUAAUCGGGCUGCCCUCCUGUGGUUAAAGCAGUUGCGUGACCAUUUACCAGUCACGGACACUCAGUCUCAUCAGGACCUAAACAAGAUUAUAGCUGCCAUCAAAUACUCAGCCGAUGCUACCCUAAACGCUUCUCGAUUUGCUGCUAAAUCGAUUGGCUCCACUGUUUCUUCACACCGCCUUCUUUGGCUCAGACGCUGGCAAACUGAUGCCAAAAACAAAUGGCAAUUGGCCUCAGCCCCCUAUUCGGGAACCUCACUGUUUGGAGCGGCCUUGGAUCCCUUGCUUGUAGAGACCAAGGACAAAUGCAAGAUCCUUCCAAGCAUGUCCCGUUGUUCAGACUCCAGACCUGCCCCCUAUUUUCGUCCCUUCAGAAUGGCUGAUUCUAACUUUGGAACUUCCAGAACUCAACGGUCCUUCUCCCCCAGACAGGGUAGACAGGAUAGACAGGGAGGUCAGGUUCAGAGGGGUUCCUUCAAGCGGCCCUUUCGGGGGGGGAGAGGUCGCCCAUUCAGACGCUUACGUUGACUGCUUGCCCAUCCCUCCCAUUGGGGGCAGACUGGCGCUCUUCGCCAGCCAAUGGGAGGACUCCACCAUGGACUCUUGGGUCAGGGAGACGAUCAGGUCGGGUCUCUCCCUGGAAUUCCUCUCCGUCCCUCCGAGUCACUUCGUCAGGUGCCCGCUAUCUCGCGACCCGACGAAACGGUUUCUCGUGGCAUCGGCCAUCAAA